AAAAAAAAAAAAAAAAAUUUCGCCCCUCCCCCUAUUUUUUCUUUUGUUUUUCUCCAAAUCGAAGAAAGUCUUCAAAGAAAACAACUGCACCCAUAGUGAUAAAUUAUGCAUUUGCAUCAAGUUUAACAGCUUCAUCUUGUCAUAGCAAAGUAGUAAAGUAUGUCUAUAAUAAUCUAAAUCUCAACAAUACGCGUUAAUAAACCUUAGUAUUACGGAAGUCGUACUGCAACUACUAUCAAAUUUGGGCUUAGUUUUCUUACAAUAUCUAGGGAGUUUAGGUACAUUGUGUUUCUUGUAAAGACUUUGAGAAACUUAUUUAGUAAAUUAUAAACUUAACGCCAGCCGAAUAUGCAAAAUUCAAGGUUUCUGUUCGAAUUCAAUUUUUUUGCACUUCUCAGUUUAUUUUUUAAGUGCACAAAAAAAUGCAUUAUCUCUUUACCUUCAGAUAAUAGCGCCUCCCGCCAUACUCAGACAUGACAUCAGGCUCUGAUGCCAUUAAACUGUUCUGGCCUUCGCAUCGAUGUUCUCCCAAAGUUAAGGAAGGUUUUUUGAUUGGAUGGUAUAAUGCAGUAGGUGUUAUUUGCGUAGCAUCUGUUGUCUGUAACAUUAAGUUGGAUGAACUCAAAGAAGUGCUCAAAGACUUUUGUAUAUCUGGGGAGUGUAUGGAGUUCACACAUAUAAAUCGAGUUUGUAAAGUUCCUCCGCAGAUACUCGGUCUUUUAACGACAGCCAACUCACGCGUUAAAGAUACUCACUUAAGCAUGCAAACAGAGAACAAUGAGCCAUCUGUAUGGGUUGAAGUAGCGUUUGACGAAGCUCUUGUUCCUGUACCAACCUCCAUUUCCUUAAAUUCAAAGAAAAUCAACCUUUCAGCAUACCAAAUGAUAUUUUACGAACAACCCAACCCUAGACGACUGCAAUUUUUGGCAUUGAAUCCGUUAGAACUCGACAUAUCACCUAAGGAGCUGAAUAUGCCAUCGCAAAAAAGAAGCAGUAGAUUUAAUACAAAGCAUGGAGAAGAAAUUUCCAGCAAUCUUGAAAAGAUUUUAGAAUACGGACAAUUUAUUAAUGGUGACAACAAUGAUCCAACAGCAGAUAAUCUGAGUCAGGUCUUGAUACAAAUCAAUUCAUCCUACUUUCUAGAAUAUGGCAUUCAAAAUUUAUCCAACAAGUUCAAACACAAGCACGCAACUGCAAGAUAUCUGCUGUUGCAACAUGUUAAAGAAUGGAGUCGUCAACUGCUCGACCAUCUCAGUCACUUUUCGAUUACCAAUCCUAAAGGCUUUUUAAGGAACUAUACCCAACGAAUGGUCACCAUUACAUUUAUGUGUUUUUUAUUCCUUAUUCUAGCAUUAGCUGAAGCUACAUUACACUUACUGAACUUUAGGCUACCGCACUUCAUUUUGAAUGGAGUGGCUCUUAAAGACAUGUCAACAGCCGGUCAGCAGAUUGAUCUCCGGUUGCAGCAGUUAUUCUUCUGGCCACGACAAUAUAUGAGGAUCCGUAAGCGUAAUUGGGCAAAUACGGCAAAGACAAGAGCCUACUAUAUCAGCUUCUACAAUAGUAUGUGGUUAGUAGCCAACGACAUCAUUAUAGGAAUUGCCAUGGGCACCUUUUUAAUGACGAAUCGACAUAUAAUGGCAAACAGGAUUCAUAAAGUCCUCUUUACGUAUACAGUAGAAUCACUCCAAUCCAUGAUGCUCUGGUUUUUAGAAUCACCUGCAGGGUUAAAGCUGAACCAUGAACUGGGCAGUUUUCUCAGUGAAUUGUUUCUCUGGCUGAUCCGACUCUGGACGGUGUCGACGGAAAUGAUAGAACCGCUAACACCGCGUAUUAUUUAUACUAUCGGUUUAUCUGGCAUAUUUGGCAUAACGAUGAUCAUAUCCCUCUCCAGCGAUUUCCUCGCCUUUAUGACUUUGCACGUGUAUUGCUUUUAUAUGGUAGCCGCCCGUAUCUUUAAUUGGCAAUUACUUAUCUUGAGCUCUCUCUUCAACCUGUUUAGAGGCAAAAAGAGAAAUAUACUUAGGAAUCGUAUAGACUCUUGCGAUUAUGAUUUGGAUCAGCUUCUUCUAGGAACCAGUCUUUUUACUCUACUCACAUUCUUAUUCCCCACUGUACUGAUCUAUUACUUGACGUUUGCUUUGAGUCGUGUAGGGAUUAUUGUUUUACAAGUGAUUAUGGAAACUGUGCUGGCCUUCUUUAAUCAUUUCCCGCUCUUCGCAAUUAUGCUACGUAUUAAAGAUCCUCAACGAUUACCAGGAGGCUUGAAAUUUGAGAUAUUCAACCACGAUUACUUUUUACUGAAGCAUUAUGGUGCCUUUUACAGAAUAAGGAAAUUUUGGACAAGUCAACGAUCAAAAAAGAAAGCAAAAUCGCUCAAGCUGCAUAAAAGUUUUCGAUCCUCGAAGAAAAAGUCUGUUUCUUUCGUACUUCCAGACGAUACGACCAACAACAAUAGUCCGAAAAGGAGAUCUACAAUACCUGUGAAAAGAGUAGACACCAGUAUUGGUGCUUAUCUCUGGAUGCGAAAUCUACCCAUUUCCAUGAGCGCUAUAUUCUUUCAGUACAUGUUAUUAUGGAAAAGGUUGAGUGCUCACUAUUUUUCUGCAUAUGUUUUCAAAUGUUUGCUUUACGGCGAGCCUAUUAAACCUAUACCAAAAUUGCAGUAUCCCAUGUUACCAUCGGAAAGACCGAGUUUGUCAAAUUUAUGGCAAACUCUUAAACUUAACUUACUUGAAUCCAAAGUCAAGUCGGAAUGAUUUUUUUCCAGAUCAAGUCCCUUUGCAUGCGUUCGCGCCGUCAUUCCUUUCAAAAACAUAUACAUACUACUACUAUUCGAAGCUUACUCAAAGAAUCUUUACAUGUAUCAAACUUACUAAAGUUAAUCAAUUACAUUUCAAACUUACAAUAAAUGAAUUGAAGACCAAGGUCAUAUACGUAUAAGUUACGCAUGCAGUAGGCAG